AUGUCUGUUGAAGAUUUUAUUAAAUCUCCAUCAGUGGAAUUUCUGGAGCAAUGUUCUAGAGAACAAUUAGUAAAAAUUGCUGAGCACUAUAAUGUAUGUGUUGGUGACAAACGAUUGAAAGAAAAUGUUAAAGCAAUUUUAAGGGAGAACUUAAUUGAAAUGGGGAUUUUUUCUUUGCCUUCAGGACCUGAAGAUUUGGGUUCUCAGGUUGUAAAGCCUAAAUUUUUAGACUUUGAACAGCAAAAAGAGAUGUUAAGAUUAAGAAUACAACUGGAGAAAGAAAAAGAGUUGGCUUUGGUGAAUUUACAGCAGCAAGCAGAUUUGGAUAAGGCUCUUGCUUUGGAAAAAUUAAGACAGGAAACUGAAUUGGCAAAAAUAAGAUUGGAAAGUGAGAAAUUAAAUUUGAUGAAAGAAGGCAAGUUGUCUGUGGACUCUUGUGUUGUGGACUCAAAAGGUAAAACUUUUGAUAUUUUGAGUGACUUGCGUUUGGUGCCCAAGUUUAGUGACAAGGAUGUUGAAAUUUUUUUCAGUUUGUUUGAAAGGGUUGCAGAAACAAGAGGUUGGUCUGAUUCAGACCGCAUCGUUUUGCUUCAGUGUGUUUUGGUUGGUCGUGCUCAAGAAGCUUUCUCAAUGUUAAGCUUAAUUGAUAGCCAGGAUUAUGCUAAGGUUAAAGCUGCAAUACUGAAAGCAUAUGAAUUAGUCCCUGAAGCAUACAGACAGAAGUUUAGAAACUGGAAAAAAGGUGUUAAAACUUAUGUAGAGUUCGCAAGGGAUUUGGAGAUUCAGUUUAAUCGAUGGUGCACUUCUUCUGAUGUCAAAACGCUUGGUGACCUCUGUAAUUUGAUGGUUCUUGAACAAUUUAAGAACUCUAUUUCUCCGUGCAUUGCAGUGUACAUUAAUGAACAGAAAGUGAAAACUGUGUCAGAAGCUGCAGUGUUAGCUGAUGAUUUUGUUUUAACACAUAAAGAUACUGGUGGAGAACACUCAGAUUGGAUGAGCACUCCAAAUUGGCGUUCAACACAUUCUUUUUCAGACCGCAGUAACCGUGAUCUGGACAAAAUUUGUAAUUAUUGUCACAAAAAAGGUCAUUGGAAGAAAGACUGUGGUUUGCUGAAAGCCAGAAAUAAAAAUGGAACUCAGGUUAAACCAGCAGCACUUGCUGCAUCAGUUUCUUUAACUGCUUCUAACAAAAUGGUUGAGGUGCCAUUUGCUGAAAAAUCUGACUUGAGUUCUUACAAACCAUUUCUUAUGGAAGGACAAGUUUCUUUAGUUGGCAGCGAUAUCAGAGUGCCAGUUACCAUUUUAAGAGAUACUGGUGCAUAUGAUUCAUUCAUUCUGGCAUCAGUUUUGCCUUUUUCAGAUGAGUCUGACACUGGAUUGUCUAUACCUGUGUUGGGUAUGUCUGUGUUUUGUGUUCCAGUACAUAAGCUCAUGCUCCAUUCAGAGUUGUUUGACGGUGAAGUAAUGAUGGGUGUUCGACCUGCACUGCCUGUGGUUGGUGUUACAGUUAUACUGGGGAACAAUAUAGCUGGAGGUAAAGUCUGGCCUGAUCAACCAGAGUCUCCAGUUGUUGUUUCAGUACCUCUGAUCAGCAGUGGUCCUGACGAGAAUGAAAAAUCACACCCUGAAGUUUUUCAAGCAUGUGCUAUAACACGCGCAAUGAAAGCAUCCAGUGAUGCACAUCAGGAUGAAGACUUUGAAAAAGAUAAACAGAUGUCCUCUUUUUGUUUGUCUGAUGUACCUUUGUCUAUUUCACAGAGUGAUUUGGAGCAGGAGCAAAGAUCUGACCACACAAUUCAACAUUUGUUUCAGUCUGCAUUACCUGCUAAGGAGAUGCAGAGCCAUGCGCAUGGAUACUUUGUUGAAAACAAGGUUGUCCAGGGUUCCAGUGCGGACCCUGUUUUGAAGAGGGGGGGUGUUACGGCCCAAGGCCCUUCCUCUGGGUCUUUAACAUCCUGACAAUUGGUGCUGAUUGGGAUGAGAGGCAGCUGGCCAGUGUCUCCAGCUUAAGAGGCACCAUCCUUUCCGACAAGCCCCACCCUCUCCUCUCCUACCUACCCUUCAUUCUCUCCGUCUCUUGGCCACCUUCUCCCCUUUCUCCCUUUCCUCUCCAGCCAGUUAUGUUUUGUUAAAUAAAUUUAAUUUUAAGUUUACCCAUGUGUUGCUUCCCUUUAAUUUGUUAUGGUUUCAGAGCCAGACCAUAACACAUCAUUCAGUCAAGUAGAGAUAAAUUUGUCUCCUAGCAGCUAGUUACUAGCAGUGACCAGGCGCUCUUAACCAUACUGACUAAUCUAUCCCACAGUGAGAAGGUAAAACCUGUUUACAGACACAAAGAAGGACGACUGAUGUGUAGCUGUUCUCAGAAAGGAAGGCCGAGCAAAACUCAACGGAAGGAAACUUUUUGUUAAAGCUCAUGUUAAAGAAAAGUCAUUUCAUGUGACUUUUCUCAGUCACAUGAAAUGAAAAGUUUAUUCUCUUUAACAGGACACACUAAAAGUCAAAUCAACCACUUUAUCUUUAUCUGAUGAAAGCAGGGAUUUCUUUGUAUGUACAGCUGCUCUAGUUUCUGUUCUCUUUGGCAGAUUUAUUUUAUUAACAAGUUCCAGUGAAACUUUGAGUGGGGAAAGAUAUUUGGCCUCACAUGUUAGUGAACUUCCUCUGAAAGCAGAAGCUGGAGCUUCCCAAAAAAAAAAAUCCAUGUUUUGCUGUCAGCUAAACAAAGCAGGCAGCGUUCACCACUCCUCUGAACAUCUCCUUGGAGGCACCAAAAAGUGGAAAAGAAUCUGAUUGGAUGUAAAAUUACUAAACAAGAUAAUUCAAGCUCAUUUCACUGUACUUCUCCAGAAAUCCAGUUCAAACGAACCGGACAUUCUAGGCCAACCAGUUCGAUUAACGUGGACUAAAAAGAACUGGUUUGAAUUCAUCCUUAAUCAGCAGGAAGUCAUGUUUUUGUAGUUUCUCCUUGUUCCAAACAAGCCAUGCUUCUAUUUCAAAGGUUUAUUUUGAAGUCACAAAUGGAAGGUUUGAGGAUUCAGAACAGGUUUUUAUUAAUAGUUUAGCCUUUUCCCAUCAAAGUGUAGCUACCAUCAGAGCUUUGACAGACAACAACGGCCUGCAACUGGUUUUGUUUCUGUUUAUUCUCUCAUUGUUCUCUGUUCCAUGUCAAUCUAAACUUUUCCAUUAAAACACUGAGAAUGAGUCCACCUAUGUCACCAUCUGUACAACGUUUUUGAGUUUUUUCUGCUGUGGUUUAAUUCCUAUAAAAACACUAAGAUGUUUUCAGCUUUUGUUUGAGUGUAGUUCAGUUCUCAGAACCAUUAAAAUCUUAUUUCUUUACAUACACUCUUUUUUAAAGACGCUUACAGAAGAAAUCUAAGCCAGUUCUUACUGGACAGUGCUGUGUAAAAGUAUUUAAACCUUUACAGGUUUCUGAUUUUUCUAUUUUUAUGUUGUCAGAAAUUGAUUUCUUAAUUGCCCAGGCAAAGUGAAUAAAUUCCUUAUUUUACAAGAGAUGUGAUUCUAUUUUGACAGAGGGCCAAGUUGGUUUGGAUUGGGUUUUUUUUUUUCUUAGUAAAUGAAACAAUCAUUUAAAAACUGCAUUUUAUAUCUACUUACAUUAAUAUUUGUUUGAUCUUAAACAAUUGUUUGUGACAAAAACAAAUUAAAAACAGAAGAAAUCUGUAAGGGAGCAACAACUUUCUCACUCCACUAUACAUUACAGUAUUUGCACAAGUUUCACACUGAAUUAUUUUUGUAGAUCUCAGGUCAGAUUCAGGACUCCUCUGUUUCCGUCCCAUCGCCCUGCUGUUGUCCACCAGAUGAUCCACAACCAGGGCUGAGUUAGACUGGAACUAGGGCUGAGCGAUAACUCAGACUUAGCGGUUAAUCGAAUGUAUUAGUUUUUGAGUAUUUAAUUGAACUCCUGGGGUUUCCGUAGUUCAGUCAUGUGAGCUUCUAAUGAUUUGGAACGUCAAUUCAGGUCAAAUUCACAGAACGGAUGACUGAUACUAAAGCCAGUUUUCACAAAUAUUUUUUGUCAUUUAUAAUUUUUUCUUGAGAAAAUAAGUUGGGGGGGUGGAGGUGAUUAUCAAUUAAAAUCAGGAAUUUGGUAUGAAAACAAAAAUGUUUCUUAGUCAGAUCGCCCGGCUCUAACUGGAAGGAAAAUUCUCCAUUUUUUUUUGUUUGUUUGUUUGCUUUUUUUAGGUAUGUUUGAUACAUGAAAAGUAAAAAAAAAAAAAACAUUUUUCUAUGUUUGAUAUAGCUCUGAUUUUGAAACUACUGUUCAAGAUUAAAAAUUACUUAUCUAGGUAGGAAAUGUGUCAGCGGUAUAUUUUUAGAUAACUUGUUUUACAUGAGGCAUUAAAAACUGCAGAAAUUCGACAUCGCAGACCUUCCACCUGUGUGGAGCACCUUGAAAUGGCAAAAAUUUGUUUUUUGACAAAGUUUUACGCACAUUUGCAAUGGAAACACAGCUACUGUUUAAUAAUCUGCAGCAGUACGGCGUUUGUGUUUCACCUAACCUUACUCUUAUCCUCACUCUUAUUCUGGGAGAAAUAGAUCACUGCUAUGUUGUACCAGCAUAAACACGUCUUUAUAAACAGGGCUGGAUGAUUCAAACCUGAAGUUUAUAAUCAGAAUACCAAAUCUGGAGAGUUCUGGAUUGUUCUGUUAGUUGUUGAAUCAGAUGAGAUUUCACAAAGUUUUUUUUUUUUUUUGUACCUCUAAAAUGCUUGUGUUCUGAACUUUUACCAGGAUUAUAUGUGAUAUAAAAAAGUAGUCCAUACAGUUCUUCUCCAUAUUUGGGAAAUGGAAGAAAAAACAAAGAACAAAUUUCCAGUUUUGACAUCAACCAAACACAGGACUUGGGAAUGGCUGAAGGAAUCUGCAGAAAAUAUGAGAAAAUUCAGGGGAAAUAUUUAACUUGCUGCCAACUGCAUGUUCUGUGUUAUUUAUUGUAAUAGUUUCUUUUACAUUUUAUUCUUGGAUUUUUACAUUUUUACAUAUGGUUUAUCAUCCAGCUCUGACUUAGAGUAUGAUUGUGUGAUAUUGAACUUGCACACAAACUUGUUUUAUGAGCAGUGAUGCACCAGUCAGUCACAGCCAGUGAUUGAAAAUUGCCAUUUUUCCCCCUGAUUGUCUCUAGUCAGUAGUUUAUGUUGUGUAAACAAAAAAAACAGAGAUUAUUUUUUUUAAAUUUUAAAAAACAGACAAAGAUCAAUUCCCUUCAUUUUCUUCUGGAUUCAAAGCUACUGGCUGUAACAAAUAAGUGACACAUGUACUCGUUCAUUAUUAAAAAAAAGUUUUACAUGCAUAACUAUAUGCUAAAGUGGUUACAAAGAAAACAGGAGGUGGCCCAGAUCAGGAGCUGAAAACCAGUAUAGGCCAGUAAAAACCUGACUGGUGCGUCUCUGCUCAUCUGUAGCAUCAAGUUGCCUUGAAAUCAAAAUGAAUGUCGACUGUAUUGUUACUUAAAUCUACUUUUGUUAAGUGUUUGAAAUGUCGCAACAGUUUUCUGCUUUCUGUAGGCAAAACUUUGUACUGAAUUUAAAUGUUGACACUGCCACAUUAUUAUGAGAAGGCCUUUCUAAAUGUAUUCACCUCAGCUUCCAGUGCUGUCUCAUGUCUUACAUGUAAAUUGUUUUAUUUUAAUAAAAACGACUGUCUUUUAUGUGAGCUGCUUUGCCACGAUCACCUGUAUAAGCUUAAGCGGGUAGUGAAAGCCAGAAAGUAGAAAAUUGUAUUUUCAUUGUUAAAUUUAAUAAAGCAUAUCUGGUGGUGAGAGUUAAGUUUGGUUUUGGUUUCGAAAGUCUUUUUUAAAAUUAUUUUGUCCUGAUCAGACUGGUCAAUCCAGGAUAGCUUAAACUUUUUUAAACAUCAAAAGGCUUGUGAUCACAAGUCAGGAAAACAUCAGACCUGAAAUUCAAAUGUCAAUCAAAUACUCUCGUUACACUACGCAGACACUCUAUCUGCACCAAUGAAAGUUUGCAUGCCACAUCUUUGAAGUGACUCUAACAGAAGUGUAGGCCAACCUAUUUUCUGAAUGAUUAAUUUUAUAACCUCUUUACCUCUGAGGAACUUUAGGACUGAACUUCCACAACAGUUAAUCUGGAGCAUUAAAAUUAAACUGGUUCUUUAAUGUUUCCUGCAGAAAGCAAAUACAGAAGUUGGCUCAAUACAUAAUGAAAUAUUUAGGUCAUUAAGAAGCUUUUUCUUCAGAACCUUCAUUUCUGCUGGCCAGUCAGUUUGUCAGCAGGUAACAUCUCCCAGCCCAACAGGGGAGACUGAAGCCUUGUUCUGUCAUUGGAUGACAUUGGGGCAGACUUGUUCCUUUUAUAAAAGAAAAAGUUGGAAUCCUCAGCAAUAAGAUGAUUCUGCCGUCAACAAAUCUGUGACAAAUUAGAAAGAGAAUCACCAACGCAGACUUCUCGGCUCUCUCAGUUUUGAGGCGUCUCUUCAUUAAUAGAAGAGAAUGGAAUUAAUAGCAGGUGUUCUAGCUGUAAACUUUAGGUAUCGUCAGUGUUAAUACUGUGAAACUGAAUUACGAUCACUACAAAAUGAGAGGAACAUUCAAUAUUAAAUAAUGAAACCCUGAGAGAUGUGUUCCAAAGAAGCAUAGACCACAGAUGAAACUUUAAAAUAUUUACUUUAACUGGAUGAUUUACUCCUUCUCUGCAUUUGUCAUUGGUUCAAAAUCAAUUACAGUCAAAGUUACCAUAAAAUAACCACCGUGAACAGAUUAUUUCAGUCAUAUUCAAAUGCCUGGCACUCUCCCUCCACAAAGUCCCAGUAACAGUAAAAUGACUAGCAGGGGAUUUUUCUGGGCCAAAUAUCUAAUAUGUUUUGUUGUUGUUUUUUUUUAACCAAGUUAAAUGUGAUUGGCUGUUAAUGACACCAAUGUGUAAAUUGUGAGUUUGUUGCAAUUUUUUUUUUGUAAAACUGGUCAAAAACAUUGGGUUUAAGUGAUGCUAACUCCCACCUGCAGGUGGCAGUAUUUCUUACUUCUACUACACUGCUGCCACAGCCUUACUGAAGUCAUACCGUGAUCAAUGUGGGGAAUUCAACAAUCAAGCUAUUUAUGUUAUCCAAAGAAAAACCUUUUUUUUUUCUUCUAUAUUUAGAUUUUGGAAGAAAUUUGCAAAUAUUUCUUCAAUAGAACCACAAAAUUAAUAACUGACCGGAAAAAAAUUAAAUAAAAUCCUGGAGGGACUGUCUACAGAAAGUUACCAGCAGUGUUAAGGGGUGUUGCAUGAAAGUGGUUCUCUGUCAGGAACUGGUUCUAACAGCAGCAACAGAUCAACACCGAUAGCAACACCGAUAGCAACACUGAUCUCACACUUACUCUGAAAUGUUUUAAGAUUUUUAACUUCCUGCACUUGUGAACAGACAGGGUGUCAUCCUACACACUAGACCUUUCAGUUCUUUAAUUGUUUUUCAAAAGAAAUUAUACAAAAAUAACACUUUUCUUAAAGUUAAAGUUGAGAUCCAGCAGCUGAAGUAAGAAAGAACAAAAAUAUCCAUAUUCUUUGGGCCUGCACGGCCCACAAUGCAACUCAAUGACAGAUGACUGUACUUGUUAAACACUUACUCAUUUCUUUUUUAAUGUGCAGUAAAAUCCAACCUAUAGACCCAGAAAAAGCCACAAAGUGUGUCAAAGUUUCCUCUUUUGGGUGCAGGAGACACUAAAGCCCAUUAAGAAGCUGUUUUCCUAUAGUAAGCUCCAAAUUAUUCCUCCAGAAAUUCCAAGGCGUUUUUGCUGAAACAAGGCGCUGCAGUGCAGAGGGCUGUAGGUGGAUUUAACCCUUCGUCUGCCGAUGCUGCCUCUAACAAGGGCGGCUCUGACCGGGGGAGCGCUGGGCCGGACCCCGCCGUGACCACAGCUAUGCGCUUGUUUGUUCAGCCCCAGAGUCCCAGAGCUAAAUACGGGCAGGGAAAGAUGCUGGGUAGAGAGUUUCACUGAACUGAAGAAGACUACCAGAUGCCCAAAACACUUUCUUAAUCUGAUCUCUAACAUUUGGUAAAAAAAAAAAAAAAGAGAAAAAGAGAAAAUAAAAAACCCUCUUGUUCUUUCAUUUAAAUUAUUUUCACACCUCGCUUCACACGACAAUAAAUACUCUGUGCUGACAUACGUACAUAAAUUAAGGCUUUCCGUAACGGCUCGGAAACAA